GUAGCCGGUCCGGGCUGCACCAAUAUAAUAGCUACAUCAUGGGCUGCACCAGUGAAUGGCAGCAGUUCGUCCACUGACGUUACCGUUAGCUAGCAAACGGUAUCUCCCCGGCUAGUCACAAAGAUGGCGAACGUGGUGCUGGAGUUUAAGGCUUUUGCCGGUGACUCCGAGCCACAGAGCCGCCCUGUCCUGAUCAUCGGACAUCAGACCAACCUGCACAAAGUCGCCUGGAGCCAAAUCAAAGGAAAACUACAGCCGGUCGUUAACAAAGAGAUCUGGCAGGCGGCUCUUGGUGCUUUGAACCCAAACCCUACGGACAGCUGCCCUCUGUACCUCAACCAUGCUGCAGUAGCUGCCAUUCCUUCACGGGUCAGCAGGCACAACAGCCAGUCGUCUGCCCACUUUGUGUCCCGUCUGGUCCGUUCCUGUCUGCCUGGAGGGAACAACCGCUGCAUUGUGAUGGUGUGUGAGCGUUCAGAUGUGUUUGCGUCCUCCUGUGCCAUCGCCAGGGCCUUCCCCAUCUUCUCUCGCCGCUCCACAUCUUCACGCAGGGCUGAAAAGAAACACGUCACUGUGGAGUUUGUUAUUGUUGGGCAAGAGAGCAGUCGUCUGGAUACCGCAGAACUUGAGUGUCUCUCCAACGCUGCUCAUGGGGUGCGGAUGGCAGCUCGGAUUGUGGACACACCAUGCAAUGAGAUGAAUACAGAUCACUUCUUAGAUGAGAUCAAGGCUGUGGGAACUGAACUUGGAAUAACUCCAGUUAUCAUUCGUGGAGAGGAGCUGAAACAAAGAGGAUUUGGAGGCAUUUAUGGAGUUGGCAAGGCGGCAGAGCAUCCUCCUGCAUUAGCAGUCCUGAGCCACACACCAGAAGGUGCAACCCAAACCAUUGCAUGGGUGGGAAAGGGCAUCGUGUAUGACACUGGUGGACUCAGCAUCAAGGGAAAAACUACAAUGCCAGGCAUGAAGAGAGACUGUGGUGGAGCUGCUGCCAUUUUGGGAGCUUUUAGAGCUACUAUUAAACAGGGCUUUAAGGACAACCUCCAUGCAGUGUUCUGCCUUGCAGAGAAUGCAGUUGGACCCACAGCCACACGACCUGAUGAUAUCCACACACUCUACUCUGGAAAGACAGUGGAGAUCAAUAACACUGAUGCGGAGGGCAGGCUGGUUCUGGCUGAUGGAGUGGUGUACGCCAGCAAAGACCUGUCAGCUGAUAUUAUUCUGGACAUGGCCACGCUGACUGGGGCACAGGGGAUCUCCACAGGGAAGUUCCAUGCAGCUGUGAUGACCAACAGUGAGGAAUGGGAGGUUGCAUGUGUGCGUGCCGGCCGCAGCAGCGGAGAUCUCGCUCACCCUCUGGUCUACUGCCCCGAGCUGCACUUCAGCGAGUUCACCUCUGCCAUGGCUGACAUGAAAAACUCUGUGGCAGACCGGGAGAACGCCCAGAGCUCCUGUGCCGGCCUCUUCAUUGGUUCCCACUUGGGCUUUGAUUGGCCUGGUGUCUGGGUCCAUAUUGAUAUUGCCUCUCCUGUCCAUGUGGUGUGGGGAGCGGGCCACAGGAUUUGGCGUUGCUUUGCUAAUGGCCCUGUUUGGGCAGGCAUCAGAAGACUCCAUGCUGAACCAAGUGUCUCCUCUGGGUGCUGCCGCCAACAUGUCUGAAGACCACAUGGAGCGAGACUGCAAGAGACGAAGACUGGUGUAGAACACACAGCGGUUACUCGCGAACCCUGACUGCUCCGCUGCCACCACACACCCGAACCGUUGAAGAAAGUGCUCAUCCAGUUAGAGUUAAAACAUUUUAAACUGUGAUUCAACUUCCUGUGUUUGAUUAAAUGUCACUGAAUAAAAUGGUAAAUCAUCAGUAAA